AUGGAUGAGUUCCAGAAGGAAGUUAGAACAUCCAUUCCUGCAGCAAGUCCUUCUUCCAAUAUUAAUGCACAAUUUAGUGCAUUUAGAACUUUUGUUCUGUCGGCACUAGAGAAUCUGCAGCUGCAACUCCAGCUUCUCUCCAGGCAGCAAGACGAAAUGGAGGUAAGGAUGCGGAGGAAGAUGUUGCUUCUCCAUGGGGUGCCAGAAGUCCGCGAUGAAAAUCCACUUCAGUGCAUAACUCGGAAUCGCUUUGGUGUGUCACGGUGUUGGACACGUGAUGGGUCUAUUGUCAUUCUUGGGCGCGAUGGCACCCGACAUCGAGUGGUCUCCGUCGCGGAGGUAAAUGUCAUUCCUGAUGAAGCUGGAAGUUCCUCAGCAACUUCAACUGCAGUAACUGCGGCGACGGUAGUGGCGGCACCCUCAGCCCCUAAGCCCUCCAUCACAGGCAGGGUUCGGAAGCCGAUUAAAAAA